UGUUUGAUACUCCCGACAUAGUAAAGUUUCGAAUAUUAAUUUUUAUUACAAUUAAAAACAAUUCUAGGAACUACAACAUUACAUGAAGUUGUAACAUCUGAUUUUUUUUUUUUUGAAUGAUACAAUAAAAGAUGACCAAUAUUCAAUUUUUUGUCUUUAUAAUAUUGCAGUACUAUCUUCUUCAAUUUUUUUGUAUAUACUGCUGGAAAAUUCCUUUUAUAAAAAAUUCUAAAACCAUGCCAAGUGUAAAGGUAGUACUAGAGCCUCCUGAAGAUCCUUUACCUCAAGUGUCAGGCUCCAUUCAAUCCUUAGAACGAAGUAGAUUAAAAACGGAAGAAUCGUUAAUGAGUCGCUUAGAGGAUGUUUACAAUAAAGUGCUCGAUGAGUCCCAAGAGUCAAUAGAAAAAACUUUAAAAGCCGCUUUAACUAUAUUUGAAGACAAGAAAUUUUUAGAAACCGUCAUAAAAGGAUCGUUACAGGAAGCGGGUUUAAAAGGAAAACAAAAUAGUUAUUUCAGCGGAUUUAAACAAGUACCAAUAAGUACAUCAGCAAGGGAAAAUAUCUAUAUGAAGCCAUACAAAUUUGUUAAUAUAAAAAGAAAUGAAAAAGAAAAUUCUCGAAAUAAAGAUGCAAGCAUGAAAAUUGUUAAUGCAAGUAACCGAUUUCUCGCGAAUUCUUCAACACCGAGAGAAACGUUUUUAGCAAACAAUGUUCAAGCCAAAAUAAUGUCACAUUCAUUACCUAAUGUACAGUUUUCUAUGCAACAACAUGCUUUAGUAAAGCAAAACAAGAGCAUAAGCGACAAGGAAUUUUCAAAGUUAAAUAAUCAAGAAAAUAACAAAUCCUUUUACGAAAGUCAUUUUUCAAAUGGUCCCAUGAAUAGCUUUAGUUUUUUACAGCUUUCUGAAAACUUAUACUCGUCAAUAACAAGUAUGAAUAAGAUUGGGAGCAGAGGAAUGUCAAAGUUAUCUGAGAGAUUUCCUGGAAAGAACAUGGCCACUAACUUACUAAAGAAGCUUCAAAAUUCUGCAGCUCCGAGUGUUAGCGUGGAAGUUGUGGAUCUUUUUGAGCCGGAUGCUAACAUAGAAAACAAAAUGAAAGAAAUGGAAGAAAAACGCAACGAUGAAGAAGGAAAAAUGUUUGAACAGGCUGCUGAUGAGUUAAAAUUACUUACAACACUUAUGGCUGAAGAAUUAAAGAAAAACAUCCAAAUUCAAAUGAAUGUCUUCUUAGUCGACGCCAAAUCCAUUCAGGCAACUCUCUCGUCUUCUUUAUCAAAAUUUUUACCCAGUUUAUCUUCAAGGAAAAUUAAGUUUAAGCAAAUAUAUCAACAUUCAUUCGGACCGACUUCAAUGCAAAACAAGCAUUAUCAGAAUUGCCUAUUGUUAAAAAAAAAAUUCCAGCUUCAAAGGUUAAAUUGUGAACCUUCCAAAAAACCAAACGGAAAAAAAUUUUCGUUUCUUCAAGUUAGAAAUGGAGCGACGCUUUUAGAUUCAGAGACACCAAUCAACCCGGAUCAGUUAAACGUCAAAAUUGGAGCAUCCGACAAAGCGUACCCGACUGUAGAUCAAUUGGUCGAUAAUAUGGAAAAACGGCGUGAUGCUACUGAGAGACUUGAACGAGCUAAAAUUCUGGAACUUCAUAUAAACUUAAUGCGUGCACAAAUUGAAAUGAUUAAAGACGCAUUACACACACAUCUUACUCGAAUUCUGGCACUCUACGGUUCCAUGACCGACGCUAUUAAAGAAGAAACGCUUAUUGAUAGUAUUCCCUGAUACAGUGUAUCCGUAGAAAAAAUUUGAAAAAAAUUUGCUUGUAUGGUGCUCUUCAGUAUGUCUUGUGGAAAAACUAUGUGAAAGGGUGCACGCGGUUUUUUUUUUUUGUUACAAACUAAACUAAAAUGAAAUUCCAUUUUAGUAGAAAAGUACUGCGAAAUUUUUUACAGAGA